AUGCCCUACGCCGUGGGUCUCCAAGCUGCUGCAUCGGCAUUGCUGCAUGCUGGCUUCCCAACCCAAUUCACCCUCGCUAUCGUUAUUUUCCUUCUCAUUAUGCAUGUCAUAUCAUGCUUCGAGCAAGAGCAACCCGACGCUCCUAAGACACUCCCUGGACACUCAUUAUCCGCCAUCCAUCCAUUCUUCCGACGCCGGUUCGACUUCUUGAACUGGGGAUUUCAUGCGACAGGCCAAAGUGUCUUCCAAUUUCACCUUCUUCGGAAUCAGGUCAUCGUCGUCUCCGGCGAGCGGGCUCGGGAGACGUUCUUUGCUGCUCGUGGCCUUGAUCUCGAACAAGGGUUCAAAAUAUUGUCUGGAGCUCUCCCCACUCUCAAAGGAGUAACAUCCGACCUUCAGAACAAGGCUAGAAAUAUCAUCUACAAGCGACUUGCAACCGUCCAGCGAAAUACUUCUCUGAGCGACUUGAUUCCCGCAAUCUUGGAGGAUUCUCGGCGAAUCAUGGAGGGUUGGGGAUCAGGAGGAUCCUUCGAUCCCUUCGAGAAAGUUUACGAACUCAUCUUCCAGACCACCGUGCGAAGCCUUACAUGUUCAGAAAUCGCCGACGAUCCUGCUAUUGUCGCACGACUCAAGGUCCUUUACGAUAAACUCGACCACGGCACGACGCCCGCCACCGUCCUCCUUCCAUGGUUACCCACACCUGCCAUGUUGAAGAAAUUAUGGGCCACCAAGCAAAUCUACGACAUCGUCGCCCACGCUAUUGCCACUCGGGAACAAAGCGGUGUGCCUCAAAACGACACGCUACAGAUGCUCCUCGACUCCAAAGACGACAAACUGAUUAUUGUCGGAUUCAUCAUGGGGCUUUUGAUUGCAGGCGCGCGCGCAACGGGCACAACUGCAUCGUGGCUCAUUACUUUCUUGGGCGCCAACCCUGAAUGGCGGGCGAAGGCACUACUCGAAGUCCAGACACUCCUUUCGAACUAUCCACUUUCUCAGCCGACACCAAACGGCUCCACCUCUGCUCACCUAGCAACCAUCCCUCUGGAAGCUUGGGAGGCAGAGAUGCCUGUUCUCGACUCUCUGAUCAGGGAAACCCUACGUAUUGCGCAACCACAUUCUGCGAUGAGACGCAACCUCGGUCCCGAUCUUUACAUCGAAAACAAGCGCGUCCCAACGGGAUCAUAUGUUAUUUAUCCGUUCAGUGACGUCCAUCUCGACCCAGAACUCUAUCCGGAUCCAUGGAAAUUCGAUCCCUCGAGGCCAGUCGACACCAAAACGCCCUUCGGUUAUGUCGGCUGGGGUGGAGGCAAAACAACUUGCCUCGGAACUCGCCUCGCAAAACUAGAACUGAAAAUGGUUUCAUCUUUAUUCCUUCUCGGAUUCCAACACCACAUCGUCGACAUAAAUGGAAAGGUCGCUGAUGUUGCUCCCAAGCCGGACUGGAACGAUAUACAUAUGUGUCGCCCUGCCAAAGGUUCAUGCUACGUCAAAUAUGAAAAACUAGAAACCCAACUAUAG